UUGUUGGUUCGCGACGUGCGUUCAUUCACCCGUGCUUCCACCUCAACAAGCAACGGCAACGACCGACGUCUGGCGGAACUCCAUGCAAGGCGCGCUGGUUGUGCGCAGUAGAAGCAGGCGGGCGGGGAGAGGAUGAGCAAGAGGUGGAGAGGGCAGUUGGGGGGAUGAUGGCGUGUCGGUGGUCGAUUCGCUGCUAACAAGCGUGCGGCGGAGGCAGAGGCGAGGCGAGGCGUGACGUGAAGCGAGCGAGCGGAAUGCGCGUGGGAGGUAUAAACAAGACAACACGAACCCGAGGCAGGUGCACUCGGCCCGGAAGGCAGUCGCGACACUGCAGUUCGGAUUGGGAGGGGGAGGGGGGAUUAUUGCAAAGCGGAGGAGCGGUCAAGGCGAGAUGGAGCGAUGGAGAUGAAAAAGGACCCUUCUUGCGCUCGACAGCGAUCGGUCGGGGAUGGGAUGGAUAUGGAGAGGGACGCGGUCGCGUUCGGGGGAGUGGUCUUGGGGCUUUUUUGGUUCGACUCGAGGCAGGUGCGGGUCUGUGCAUACUCCCACCCGAGGAAGGCGCGCCCUGCAUGCAGCAGCCCGUUGGACCCGCCACCAGUCGAUACACGGCCACCGGGGACACGAUGAAGCAACUGGGACUGUCCAGAGAGUGGAGCCCGGCGCGAUUCCAGACAGACACGCUGGCCUGCUACGUAGACCGCUGCCUCCAACGCAUGCUGCUGUCUAAUUAUCUAUUAUUAUUGUUGUUGUUGUCGUCGUGUCUCUGCGGGGCGUGGCUUGGGUUUGUUUUGUUUACCUUGGCCACAAUCAACAACAAUCAUCUCAUCUGCCUCCACCUCAUCCAUGGUACCGGCAUCCCCCAAGCUGAAUCGCUGAAUCACACAGUGGCAUUGCGAGCGCCAUGACGAAGCUUGCUGGGAUGCCCCUAUCCAUUCCUCUGCCCAACCUAAUCCCAAAUGAAGUAAUUUCGCUGCCUUCAUGCGAAAAAAGGGGCUGCUCGGUCCCUCAGCCUGUUCGCUGCCUCGCGGGCCGUUCGUUCCCGCCCG